CAUGAAAAUAAUUUGAUAAGUAGAUAAAUAUAAAACGUAAUUAAACCUAUAGUUAUCAUAAUGAUAAAAAAAUGGAUUAAGUAAAUUUAUUUAGAUUUAUCAUAGAAAUAUUACGAAUAGUUUGAUAUGAUUAUGAACGAUAAUUGUGACCGUGAUAUUGUGAUGUAUCAAAACUAGCAAUAGUUAACAGUCAUAAAAUUUUAAAAAUCUAUUCUUGUAUAAUAAUUUACGAUUCCAAAGAGAAAUUAGUUAUAAAUUAAUCAACUUUGAUUAGUUAAAAAGUAUUUAAAUCAUUAUUAAGAGAAUUGCCAAAUUAACUAAGCAUUUUUACAUUUGAAGCUCAUGUGAAUUUUACUUCAAUUUUUAAGAUGAAUGUUAUUAAAAGGUAUGCUGCAUUGUGCCUCGGAGGUGGUUGACUCAUCGUCAGCUUCUUGAUAUGAUCGAAAGUGUAUCAAGACGAGCGCUGAGUGGCUCCAGUGGGAGCUACCACGUUCGAGGAGCCGAACUGGCACGCGAUAGAAGAUUAAAAUCACUUGCGACCACUGUUGUUUUUCUUGAUGACACCCAGCAUACAUUUCAACUAGAUAAACGAGCUAAAGGUCAGGUACUUUUAGACCUUGUGUUUCAUCAUUUAGAACUUAUCGAGAAGGAUUAUUUUGGCUUGCAAUAUGCUGAAAACAGCAAUUCAUCAAUUUGUUCCAAUUCAGAUGUUAUGCGAUGGUUAGACCCUUCAAAACUUAUCAAAAAACAAAUAAGGAACAAAGGUGGACAUUUUUUCUUCAAAGUUAAAUUUUACGUAUCUGAUCCGAGUAAACUUCAAGAAGAAUAUACUCGGUAUCAAUUUUAUCUUCAAAUAAGAAAAGAUAUUCUUCAAGAAAAAUUACAUCUUCCACCUAGUACCGCUUGUCUUAUUGCUAGUUAUACAGUUCAAUCUGAACUGGGUGAUUAUCAUCCAGAGGAACACGGCCCAGGAUAUUUAUCAAAACUUCAACUUAUUCCUGGUCAAACUGAAGAAAUGGAAAAGAAAAUAACCGAACUUCAUAAACUUCAUAAAGGACAGUUACCGGCUGAUGCAGAGUUUAAUUUUCUUGAUCAUGCGAAAAGACUUGAUAUGUAUGGAGUUGAAUUACAUAAAGCAAGGGAUUCAACAAAUAGAGACAUUCAACUAGGUGUUACAUCAAUUGGAUUAGUAGUUUUUCAGAACAAUAUAAAAAUCAAUGUAUUCUCGUGGGCAAAAAUAGUGAAAAUUUCUUUUAAAAGAAAGCAGUUCUUUAUUCAACUACGUAGAGAACAAUCAGAAAAUUAUGAUACAUUAUUGGGCUUUAAUAUGCAGACAUAUCGUAGUUCGAAAAAUUUAUGGAAAGCUUGUGUAGAGCAUCAUACCUUUUUUCGACUUCAUAGUCCGAAAAUGCGACCUAGACGUUUUCCUUUAACUCUGAGUAGUCGGUUUACAUAUUCUGGUCGAACAGAAUAUCAAACAGUAGAAGAUAACAAAUAUCGUGCCCGUGUUGAAAGAACAUUCAUUAGAUCUCCUAGUAAACGAUUAGUUCAUGGAGUAAACCAAUUGCCCGUCGUUGAAGAAAAAGGAAGAAUAGUAAUAGCACCAGUGAAACCGUCAAGACCUCACGACAAUAAGGUUCAAUCUCUUGGAUCUCGAGAACCAAGGCAAGCGUGGGGAGAAGGGAAUCCCAGUGAUGAUGAGGGUGGUUUUUUGUCCCUCAGAAAUGAAAUAACAGGAUCACAUACACAAAGUGGUGCCUUUUCACCUGUUUUGGGCUCAAGAAUUUUAAGUUAUGUUGAUGACGACACAGCAAUUGAGAGAAAUAUUUAUGAUCUUCCUGAUUAUAGCGAACCAACAAGUUCUCCAGCACCACAGAUAUUGGAAGAGGGUUUGGUGACAAUAAGAUUGACACCAGACGAACAAGGACGUUUUGGCUUCAAUGUGAAAGGAGGUUUAGACCUUGAUAUGCCCAUCUUAGUGUCUCGUGUUGCGCCAAACACUCCAGCAGAUCGCUGUUAUCCCAAAUUAAAUGAAGGCGACCAGGUUUUAUACAUCAACGGAAUUGAUGUUAACGGGAUGCUUCAUGAACACGUAGUAAAUUUAAUACGUCAAUCAAGAGAUACAGGAAAUGGUGAAUUAACUUUAACAGUUCGUCCGAACGCUCUUUAUAAUGCACUUACUGGGACUGAUGAAAUAUCGGAGGAAGAACCUCCAUAUCGAUAUGUACCUGACGCUCCUCAUGCUGUGGUUGGCUCAGACGCUCUCGCACAAUCAAUGCUUCUCCUUGCAGAUGGUUUAGCAAGUGGAGCUCUCAUAGCUCAAUAUGAACAACUUUAUAGAAAAAAUCCCGAAUUGACAUCUUUAGAAUCCAAGAAAGUUGAAAAUCAAAAUAAAAAUCGUUAUCGUGACAUUUCGCCCUACGACGUAACACGGGUUAUUCUAAUGGGUUGCAUCAAUGGUGAUUACAUCAAUGCUAAUUAUGUUAAUAUGGAAAUACCUGGCUCAGGAAUAAUUAAUCGUUAUAUAGCAACACAAGGUCCACUUGCAUCCACUGUUUCUGAUUUUUGGCAAAUGGUUCUUGAAGCUGGAAGUACUUUAGUUGUUAUGUUAACAACUUUAGUGGAACGUGGCCGUACUAAGUGCCAUCAAUAUUGGCCUCUUCUCAAUGAAACACUUACUUUACGAAAUCUUAUGUUGAUUUCAACAUCUGAAAAAGUCGAAGAUACUUUCGUCUUCCGUGAAUUCAUUUUAAGAGAUGUUAAUACUGGUGAAGAAAGAGACAUAACACAUAUGCAGUAUUGUGGUUGGCCUGAUCAUGGAGUUCCAAAUGAUUGGCAUCAAUUUACUAAAUUUACUGAACGUGUUCGAGCUGCAAGAAAAGGUAUGGUAGAACCUGCAGUAGUUCACUGUUCAGCUGGAAUCGGUCGCACAGGUGUUUUAGUAUUGAUGGAAACAGCUCUUUGUUUAAUUGAAGCUAAUCAACCUGUCUAUCCACUUGAUAUUGUCCGAUCAAUGCGAGAUCAAAGAGCAAUGAUGAUUCAAAAUGCUAGUCAGUACAAAUUCGUUUGUGAAGCAGUUCACAAAGCAUACACUGAAGGUAUUGCUAAACCACUAUUGGAGUUUAGCCGAUAAAUUGUCUGCAGUAUAGUAAUGGGCUGAAUCACUUAACAUAAAAGAACUUGGAACAGAGAGAAUCUCCGCCUUGGAAGAUAAAUUGUAAAGAUCGUUUUUCUAUGUAAUAGGAAAAUUCGGUUUAUAAAAAAAUAAUUUUUUCUUUCUAUAUAGACAAUAAUAAUAAUAAUAAUAAUAAUAAUAAUAAUAAUAAUUCUAAGAAUACAAUUACAAAUAUAUUCUAUUCGAAAUAGCGUAAAUACUCACAAUGACGUCUCGGACGUGUGAUAAAUUAUUAAUUAAUAUCCACUGAAAAUUAAUAAGAAAUCAUGUAAAAA